AUGGCAAGAUUAGGGGAAUAUGUAGACAGUGAUCUUUUUCGUGCAAAUGAAGAAAUAGAAAAGACGAUGCAAGAGAUUCAGCCACAUGAAGAAGAACAUUUAGAAGAAAACUUGAGUCACAUGCCAUGUAUUGAUGAACCGAAGAUCGGUAUGAUGUUCAAAAGUUUGGAGGAAGCAAUGAAUUAUUAUAGUGCUUAUGCAAAAUUCAUUGGGUUUGGGAUUAGAAAAGGAUCUAAUUAUUUGUCUAAGAGAAAGAAUGUCAUCACCAUGCAAGUAUUUACUUGCUCUCAUGAGGGUUUUUCUAAAAGCAAAAGGAAGGAGCCAUUACUUAGGGAUAACACAUUCGAAAAAAGUCCUUUGAAGGAGAUAUCUAGCAUUCGAACUGGUUGCAAAGCAAGUAUGCGUGUGAAAUUAGAUGAUGGAGAAAAUUGGAUUAUAUCAUCAUGUGAGAAGAAGCACAACCAUGAAUUAGUACCGAGCCCCUCAAAAUCCCGUUUCUAUCGGUGUCGGCGAAAGAUUGGAGAUGAAGAAGUCGACCUUAUACAAACCAUGCGUGAGCAAAAUAUUUCAACAAAGUAUAUUAGGGACUUCAUUGCAUCUCAACGUGGAGGGGUUCGUAAUUUAUCAUUCACGAGGAGGGACCUAAGCAACUUUGCAACGCGCCAAAGAAUGUCUCUUUUUGAUAGUGAUAUCUCAACAACUCUAAGUCACUUUCAACAACUACAAGCUGAGAAUCCUAUGUUCUUUUAUGCAGUCCAGAUUGAUAGUAAUAAUUGUGCAAAAAAUAUGUUUUGGGUUGACGGUAGAUCAAGGAUGGCCUACCAGCAUUUUGGAGAUGUAGUCACUUUUGAUACCACAUAUUGUACAAACAAGUACAGUAUGCCAUUUGCACCAUUCAUCGGGGAUCAAGAUCCUUCAAUGAGAAAAGCAAUAAGUGAAGUCCUUCCUAAUAUGGCUCAUCGGUUUUGUAAGUGGCACAUUCUUCGGAAAGCACGCGAACAUCUAGGCAUUUUAUUUGGUACAAAAGAGAAGUUUCAAGAGGACUUUCUUAGUUGCAUCAAUUUUAGCUUAACAGUUGAUGAUUUUGAGUCAAGUUGGACUUCUAUGAUAGAGAAGCAUGGAGUUGAAGAUAACACACAUCUAAAACAUUUGUAUCAAAUUUGA